UCAUCUGCAGACUUCCUCAAACACACUCACACAAACACCCGCACCUCCUGUUCCUCCUCCUUCUCCUCCUCCUUCUCUCUCUCCUUCUGCAGCUCUUCAAGCUGUAGCCUGGAAGGCAGGGUCACUCUGCUGGACUGUGUGCUGCUCUGCUCACAGACAGCUUAGCUCAGUCGGAGACUUAAGUUGAGUUGUGGACAGUGUGUUGACUGGGGAAGACCGUGUUGUGACUCUGAUGUACUGCGUGGACUGCACUCCCUGCCUCUGGAGCCCCCAUGUGGCUUUAGGCUGCUGCUCUGCUGAUCUCGGUUGUGGCUGCCGUUCGUCCGUGCUGUCUUGUCCCCACGGAAACCUACCAAGCAGGCAGAUGGUCUGAGCAGUCAAGGGAAAAGUUUAUAACAGCAGCUCGUUGGUAAAAGACACGAUCACAGAGAACCAGUUUGAGUUCCUCUCUCUUUCUCCAGUCUCCUGUGAGGCAGCUGACCAUCUUUAUGGAAGUGGCAACAGCAACAGGAGCGCUCUGGCUGAAGAGGUCGAGAUUCUCCCCUUCUUUCUCGGGUCUCUCUUUCUGAGUAACUGGACUAACUGUGGAUUAGGAUCUUUUUUUGGGUCGAUUGGAAACUUCACACGUCACAACCUGGAUAUUACUUUAAAGGCUGAUUUCUAGAGUAAAGGCGAUCUUCUAGAGCUCUAGUGGGGAUCUUCUUGCCUGACCACCACCAUGGAAGAGCAGGCGGUGUCCAACAGUAGUCCCCAGCAUGGCCUGGGCAGGCGGAACGUCAUCAGGUGUGGCUGGCUGAGGAAGCAGGGAGGCUUUGUGAAGACUUGGCACACACGCUGGUUCGUACUUCGAGGGGAACAGCUAUACUAUUACAAAGACGAGGAGGAGACUAAAGCCCUGGGGACCAUUCUGUUACCUGGAAACAGAGUCACUGAGCAUCCCAGCAAUGGCGACGAGGGGGGAAAAUUCCUGUUUGAGGUCUCUGCAGGAGGAGACAGGGAGCGGAUGACAGCGAAUCAUGAGACAUACCUUCUUAUGGCCAGCACCCAGAAUGACAUGGAGGAUUGGGUGAAGACCAUACGCAGGGUCAUAUGGGCCCCAUUUGGUGGAGGUAUCUUUGGUCAGAAGCUGGAGGAGACGGUGCGGUACGAGAGGCGUUAUGGGGGCAGGCAGGCCCCCAUGCUGGUGGAGCAGUGUGUGGGCUUUAUACGCAAGUGGGGCCUGCGGGAGGAAGGACUGUUCAGACUACCAGGGCAAGCCAACCUGGUCAAAGAGCUGCAGGAUGCCUUUGACUGCGGAGAGAAGCCCUCCUUCGACUGUAAUACAGAUGUUCAUACAGUAGCCUCUCUACUAAAGCUGUAUCUCAGAGAGCUACCAGAACCAGUCAUCCCCUUCUCCAAGUUUGAUGAGUUCCUCUCCUGCACCAAACUGCUCAGCAAGGACGAGGAAUCUGGAAUGAAGGAACUGAAAAGACAAGUGGAAUGUCUACCUCCAGUCAACUACAAUCUGCUGCAGUACAUAUGCAGAUUUUUAGAUGAAGUCCAGUCCUAUUCAGGUGUGAAUAAAAUGAGUGUCCAGAACCUGGCCACGGUCUUUGGUCCAAAUAUACUACGGCCAAAGAUUGAAGACCCCGUAGCAAUCAUGGAAGGUACAGUGCUAGUGCAGCAGCUGAUGUCUGUUCUGAUUGGUCGUCACGACGUGUUGUUCCCUAGAGACGAGGACAGUCCCAAGACACUGGAGCUGGUCAAUAACAACAACGAGGUCCAGAAGAGGCUGACCCAGAUUGUGCCGACGGUACAGACUACAGAACAGAACAACAAUACCCAAAUACCCCAGCAGAGGGUGAAACAGUGUUCUUGGGAGACCCCCGAGUCGCCUCACCGCCAGCCCCCGGUAACGUUAGACAACAACGGCUCCGGUUCUCCUCGCUCAGCCAGCCCACUUAAUGGCCAUGUUACCGGGCGCUUUGACCUGGCCCGCAGCCCGCCAUUAACCGUUAAGAAGAACCCGGCGGUCUCCAAGGGCAGCGGCGUGGUCACCAACGGCUCGUUUAGUUGUUCCCCCUCUGGAGACGCAGCCAACCAGGAGAAGAGCCAGACUCUGCCCGGUAACACAGGAGGCAUCAGCGGCCUCCAGGUCCGGCGCACCCUGAAGGGAUCGGGCACCAAGAUGGGCACCAGCGGGGUCCCUAAUGGAGGUGUCCGCAUGGGCGUGUCAAGUACCGACGUGGUGAACGGUACCCUGAAUGGGCGUAAUGGUCUGUGGGUGCCCAAUGGCUACCCGGUCACCUUACGAGACAGCAAGUCUCGGGACUGUGGGGAGCAGACGGUGGCCCAGAACCGGCUCUCCACCUAUGACAACGUCCAGCAACAACAACAACAACAGUUACAGAAUCAACAACAGCCGUGUCUCAGCUCUAGCUGUGAGGACAAGCAGAGUGUGGACAGUGCUACCUGGUCCACCUCCUCCUGUGAGAUCUCUCUUCCAGACAACUCCACGUCCUGCCGUUCCUCCACCACCACCUGCCCAGAACAGGACUUCUACGGUGGGCUGGGCCACUACCAGGACCCCCUGCUGCUGCUGGAUGGACCUAGGGGGCUGUCUUCCCUCGAUGAGCAGCCCCAGCCAGGGGGGGACGUGGAGGGGGAGCGGAGGAACGGUGGUGGAGGUAGUGGAGGGAGGGGUAGUGGAGCCACCAGCAGCAGUGAUAACAGUGAGACGUUCCCUGUCAAUAAAGGACCCAGUAGUCACAGUGCUCUACACAGCCUGGUGGCCAGCCUGAAACAGGAGAUGCAGAAGCAGAAGACAGAGUACGAGGCCAGGAUAACAAGCCUGGAGCACAGUAACCUAGAGUUGGAGACUGAGAUGGGGACUCUUCACGAGGAGCUGAACCAGGAGAAGAAGAAGGUCACCAUGGUGGAGAUCAAGUUUCGUAACGCAGAGCGAGCCAAGGAUGAUGCAGAGAAGAGGAACGAGAUGCUGCAGAAAGAGAUGGAACAGUUCUUCUCUACCUUCGGAGAUCUGACCGACGACCCGCGCCGGCCCAGCCGGGCCAAUACCAUCUGGAUCCAGUGAGGGGUUGUGGCAGUGCAGGGUGGACUGUGCCAUUUUAAUCGAAUGAGAGGGGGUGGGACUUGACAAUGACUUGGAGACAUAUUGAAAGUGACAUUACCGUCUGGAUCUUGUGAGGGGGGGGUGUGUACCACCUGGGGGGUGAAAGAAAGUGUGAGAAUGUACUAAGGUGACACUUUGACAGAGUGUACCACCUGAAUCUAGUGCGAGGGAGUGUCACAGUACACGGUGGAAUGUGCCAUUUUAAUCUAGUGAGAGGGGGUGUGGCAGUGCAGAGUGGACUGUGCCAUUUUAAUCUAGUGAGAGGGGGUGCGGCAGUGCAGAGUGGACUGUACCAUUUUAAUCUAGUGAGAGGGGGUAUGGCAGUGUAGAGUGGACUGUGACAUUUUAAUCUAGUGAGAGGCGAUGGGAGUAUGUACUAAGGCAGGGUUUCCCAAACUUGGUCCUUUGGACUCAUGUGGCACAGAUUUUGGUUUUUGCCCUAGCACUACACAGCUGAUUCAAAUAAUGAACUAAUCAUCAACUUUUGAUGGCAAAAACCAAAACGUGCACGUGUGGUCCCCAGGACUGAGUUUGGGUAACCCUGUACUAAGGAGUAGAAAAAACAUUGAGAGAGACAAUACCGUCUGAAAGCAAGAGACUUAUGGAUUCAGUGUGUAGUGGGACAGGGUGCAUGCCGCUGGACCUCAACCAUGCUGACUGACUGUGGCAAUAUUACUGAAGACGUCAGGCGGCUGGUUAUCUGCCUGACACAGACUAUACCCAGUCUAUACAUGGACUACUGAAAGACUACACUACCCAUAAAACCAUUCUUCUUCCCCAUUUUCCUUCAAGAUCCAAUCAAGUAUAUAAUCAACCCUGUUCCAUAUUAUCAUGUAUCUGCUUGUGUAUAUAAAGGAAAAACAAUGCUGAAGAAAAGUUAUGUAUGUGUAAAAAAAAAAAAAAAAAUGUUACAAAAAUAUUUGUAUGUUUGUCUGGUAUAUUUAAACAACAUAACUACGUAUCCAUUUGUGACAUUUCCAUUUGAUAUCAAUGCUUUUUGUUGAACAUAUAUUUUAUUUUCAACAUGGUGGUACUGAAUUACUUUAUGUACGCAGAUUUAGUUUCCUGUGUCUAUAUUCAAGUUAAUAUAACUUGUGGCUUUUUGCUACGGAGCCAUUUCAUUCAUCCCAAAGAAGAAGAGACAGAACAUGUACAUGUUUUUAUAGACACUUUGCUUUGUUUGUCUGUUACUGUAGCUUUAAGACAUUUUUCAGAUAGGAAUGUUCUGGCUUCAAAUGAAUCAUAUUUUGUAGAUUGUAUUAAACCUAAAUACAAGUCUG